AUGCCCCAAGGUAGUAAAACAAAGAUUAUGUUCCUCACCAGAGCGUUGAAGAAAAUUCUUGACGAUAAAGAAAUACGCAAGAGUUAUCAUGAACAAUUACGUAAAGCCUGCGAAUCCGCUCUUAAUCAACUCAAAGCAGAAGUAACCAAAUCCAAUCCAGUGGCCCAAGAUAAAUCCUCGACUCUACCGCUACCUAAAUCACAAGAUCCGGAUGUAAAUGCUGACGAUUAUUUUCUGCCGUUCGAAUUGGCUUGCAAGUCGAGAUGUUCACGAAUCGUAAUUGCUUCUUUGGAUUGCUUACAGAAAUUAAUAGCCUAUGGCCAGCUAACGGGCAAUGGACCUGAUAAAGCUGAAGAUGGAAAGAGAAGAUUAAUCGAUAGAAUAAUAGAAACGAUUUGUGAAAGUUUUAAUGGAACUCAAACGGAUGAUGGAGUUCAGUUACAAAUCAUCAAGGCUCUCUUAACUAUAGUUACCUCGACAUCUUGUGAAGUACAUGAAGGAACAUUAUUACAAGCAGUGCGAACAUGUUAUAAUAUUUAUCUUGCUAGUCGUAACACCAUUAAUCAAACUACAGCAAAGGCGACGUUAACGCAAAUGCUUAGCGUGAUAUUUUCCCGAAUGGAAUCACAAGCGGCUGCGGAACAAGCCAGUAGAGAUAGUAAGAAAAGAGAAGGCCCUAAAGAAACAACACAAUAUGCGAAUCAAGACGGAAAUCGAAGCAGAACUGAUACUGACAUCGACAUCGACAAUGUAUCUGUUGUUAGUGAAAAUAGCUUAGCUACUUCAUCGGAUGAAGUUCGUAAAAGCACAUCAACCACUUCAGAUACUGUUAGCAAAGAAACAAUACAAUCAAAAGCGGAAGAAAUUCAUGAGCAAAUAUCACAAGCUGCUAAUAAUGAUAAAGCUACGUCGGAUGCAGAGAAGUCGGAGGCUAAACAUAAUUCAUCUACGAGUAGUCACCUUGAUGGAAUAGCCAAUUCGGCUGUAUCGUGUAAUGAUCACGAAGACACUAAUAAUGAUAAAGCUGCUAAGGUAUCGAAUGAGGAGAAUGCAGAAACUUCACAAGCAGAACAGCCUGAAGAAGAAGUUAAAGCGGAGGUUGUGACAUCGCCCGAAGAUACCAGUAACGUUAGCACUGAAAACUCCAUUACUAAUAAUAUUCAAGACGCUAAUAAUGCUGAUGAGACAGCAAAUGCUACAGGAGACUCAGUAUCGCAUGCUAAGUUCUCACAUAUUCUUCAAAAAGAUGCCUUCAUUGUUUUUCGUUCUCUUUGCAAAUUAUCAAUGAAACCUUUAGAAGAUGGAUAUACGCCCGAUUCAAGGCAAAUUAUAGGAGUUAUUAAUAAUAUUUUAGAAUCCCACGAAUUGAGAUCCAAGGUGCUAUCGUUGGAGCUUUUACUUUCGAUUUUACAAAAUUCGGGUCCAGUGUUUCGAACAAAUAAGACAUUUAUAGAUGCCAUCAAACAAUAUCUUUGCGUUGCCCUGUCGAAGAAUGGAGUUUCGUCUGUCCCUUCCGUUUUUGAAUUGUCAUUGUCAAUAUUCUUAAUCUUAAUGGAAAAAUUUAAAACUCACCUAAAGAUGCAGAUUGAGGUAUUUUUUAAAGAAAUUUUUCUCAGUAUUCUGGAGACUUCGUCCAGUUCAUUUCAACACAAAUGGAUGGUAAUGCAGGCUCUUACCAAGAUUUGUGCUGAUCCUCAAAGUGUUGUAGACAUUUAUGUAAAUUAUGACUGUGGCUUUUCGUUAGCGAAUAUCUAUGAGCGCUUAGCUAAUGACCUGUCAAGAAUAGCGCAAGGUCGGCAAGCUAUUGAAUUAGGUGCUAAUCCUGUACAAGAAAAAAGUAUGCGUACUAAGGGAUUAGAAUGUUUAGUGUCUAUCCUAAGAUGCUUAGUCGAAUGGUCAAAAGAUCUCUAUACUAACCCACAUGCGAGCAUUCAUGCCGGUUCCAGUAUUGCUUCAUCAGCAGAUUUUGCCUUAUCUCAAGAUGAAGAAAGAGAUGCUACCGUAGGAGAUUCAGAUACGGAAUCUUUAGCCUCUUCAGUAUCUAUAGUACCUGCCGAUAAUCCUGAAGAAUUUGAAAGUAUGAAACAACGUAAAGAAGUUAUGGAACACGGUAUACGAUUAUUUAAUAAGAGUUCUAAGAAAGGCGUUGCAUACUUACAAGAGAAAAAUCUCCUUGGCUCCGAACCCUCGGAUGUAGCAUCAUUUUUCCAUAAAGAUGAUCGUUUAGAUAAGGGACAGAUGGGCGAUUUUAUGGGAGAGAAUGAAAAAUAUAACAAGGAAGUCAUGUAUACUUACGUAGACCAAAUGGAAUUUAGUGGCAGAGACAUUGUAACCGCUCUACGAUUAUUUUUAGAGGGAUUUAGACUUCCCGGUGAAGCUCAAAAAAUAGAUAGAUUAAUGGAAAAAUUUGCUGCACGUUAUUGUGAGACGAACUUAUCGAAUGGAAUUUUUGAUAGUGCGGAUACUGCUUAUGUAUUAGCAUACUCUAUCAUUAUGUUGACAACUGAUUUACAUAAUGCUCAGGUAAAAAACAAGAUGACAAAGGAGCAGUAUAUUAAGAUGAAUCGAGGAAUUAAUGAUAGUAAAGACUUGCCGAAGGAAUAUUUGGAAAAAAUUUAUGACGAAAUCGCAUCCAAUGAAAUCCGUAUGAAGCAAUCUAGUUCCAAUCGUCCUUCAAAGCACCCUAGUCAAACUAUGUUGAGUGAGAAACACCGACGUAGUGCUUACAAGUUAGAAAUGGAACAAAUGGCUGAGACCGCAAAGGCUUUAAUGGAAGGUGUCAGUCAUAUGGAUACGGAUUUUAUAGCCGCAACACGUGUUGAGCAUGUUCGUCCUAUGUUUAAGACGGUUUGGACGCCUUUAGUAGCUGCGUUUAGCGUGGUUCUACAAGACUCUGAUGAUCAGAUUACGUCCUCACUUUGUCUGGAAGGUCUUCGCCAAGGAAUAAGAAUUGCUUGUAUUUUUGGGAUGAAGCUGGAACGUGAUGCUUACGUGCAGGCUCUAUCUCGAUUUACACUUUUAAGCACCAAUUCGAUCCUUGCGGAAAUGAAAGCUAAAAAUAUCGAGACAAUAAAGACUUUAAUUUCUAUUGCGCAUACCGAUGGUAAUUACUUGGGAAGUUCUUGGUUAGAGGUUUUGAAAUGUAUAUCUCAGCUGGAAUUAGCUCAGUUGAUUGGUACUGGUGUGAAAACUCAUCCACUAGAGGAUCCUGAUGCUACUAAUUUGCAUAAAGCAACAAAUAGUAAACGGCUAGCUUUGCUACAAGAAUCAAUCGGAGAAACUAGUUCUCAGAGUGUUGUAGUAGCUGUUGAUAGGAUAUUUACGGGAUCGGUCAGAUUGAAUGGAGAUGCUAUUGUUGAUUUCGUUCGGUGCCUAUGCCAAGUAUCAUUAGAGGAGCUACGAUCGGCACACAGACGUAUGUUUAGUUUGCAGAAAAUUGUGGAAAUCUCGUAUUACAAUAUGGGUCGCAUCCGUCUAGAAUGGUCUCGUAUAUGGGCUGUACUCGGAGAACAUUUCAAUGAAGUUGGUUGCUAUCCAAAUGAGGAAGUUGCCUUUUUUGCAGUAGAUUCACUACGGCAACUAUCAAUGAAAUUUAUAGAAAAAGGAGAAUUUGCCAAUUUUAGAUUUCAAAUUGAUUUUCUUCGUCCUUUUGAAUACAUCGUGAAACACAACGGAUCAAUUACAAUUCGAGAUAUGGUCGUACGUUGUAUAACUCAAAUGGUACAUUCGCAAGCGCAUAAUAUAAAAUCUGGUUGGAAAAACAUUUUCACUGUAUUUCACUUAGCAGCCGCAGAUCAAAAUGAAGCUAUAGUGGAAUUAGCUUUCGAGACAACAAAUAAAAUCUUUGAAAGACACUUUAGUGCAGCUGUGGAUUCGUUUCAAGAUGCUGUGAAGUGUCUAUCUGAAUUUGCUUGUAAUACAAGUUUCCCUGAUACCAGUAUGGAGGCUAUCAGAUUAAUUAGGACAUGUGCGAAGCACGUUGCUGAUUCUCCAAAUUUGUUUCGUGACCAUGGUUCAGAAGAAACUACAGUCGUUGAUCCAGACCGCGUCUGGCAAAAAGGAUGGUUCCCAAUUUUAUUUGAAUUAUCUCGUAUAAUUAGUAGAUGCAAACUUGAUGUUAGAACAAGGGGAUUAACGGUGAUGUUCGAAAUCAUGAAGACUUAUGGACAAUCAUUUAAACCUCAAUACUGGAAAGAUUUAUUCAAGAUAGUCUUUAGAAUAUUUGAUAAUAUGAAAUUACGAGAACAAAAAACCGAUAUCGAAAGAGCAGAGUGGAUGACAACAACGUGCAAUCAUACUUUAUAUGCUAUCUGUGACGUAUUUACCCAGUAUUUUGAUGUUUUGUCGCAAGUCCUGUUGGAUGAUAUAUUCGUACUUUUGAAUUGGUGUGUCGAACAAGACAAUGAACAAUUAGCCAGGUCAGGAACUAAUUGUCUCGAGAAUUUGGUAGUCUCUAAUGGAUCGCGUUUCACUGUUACUCAAUGGGAUAAAACAUGUAGUUGUAUUGAGAAGAUAUUCAGUAAUACACUUCCUCGGCAACUGAUUUGUUGGCGCCCUAAAUUAAGAAAAGAUUCUAGUAUAGAAACAAUGAGUACUGAGAAACUUAAUCGUUCUGAAGUUGUAUCUCAUAUGAAUGUAUCUAAUGACGAUGCACCUUUACCGAGUGAAGAAUCAAGUACCGAAGAUAUGAUAAAAAGUAGAUCAAAUGAAGAUAUCCAGAACACUAAGUUAUUAGCUGCUUUAAUGAUAAAAUGUGUUGUCCAAUUGGAACUAAUUCAAGCUAUUGAUAACAUCAUUUUUUAUCCCGCAACAAGCCGUAAGGAGGACACCUAUUAUUUAUCAAUUGCGAGGGUAAUAAUCGAAAGCUUUGAUCCAGAAACUAUGAAAACUUCUGGUAUGUUUUCCCAUUUACUUUCUGGAGAGUUGUUUAUCCUUUUGGAUUGUUUGGAGAGAUCGCAUAAAUUUGCGUCAAGUUUUAAUUCUAACGAUGUGCAGAGAACUUUGUUGUGGAAAGAAGGUUUUAAAAGCAAGGCCAAGCCCAAUCUUAUCAAACAAGAAAUUAGCAGUUUAGCGUGUUCAUUACGAAUGUUAUUUUGUAUGUACACGGAUCAGAAACAUAGCGAUGUUAAAUCUGAAGUGGAAGCUAGGCUAUUAAGGUCGAUAACUGAUGCCUUAGUAUACUAUCCCAGCGUGACGUCAGAACAUCAUAGAGAUGCAUGGACCAUUCUAAUGGUUCUUUUGUUUUCACGAUUGUUACAAUUAAAUGAUGAUGAUUUCCGGGCCCAUGUAUCUCAUUAUUAUGAGAAACUCUGUAAUUUAAUGGAGUUAGAACUUAAACCAGAAAUUCGUUAUCUACUCCGACGUACAUUUUUACGCAUUGGAUCGAUGUUUGAAGUAAUACCGCCAUUGGAUGUCCAUGAUUAGUAAAAUCCAUGUAGAAUUUGUUUUAAAACAUAUCAAAUUUAAUAUACAGAUUGGCUAUCUAAACGCGUUAUAGU